GACACCGCGCAUGCGCCAUAUGUCUCCUUCAUUGUGCCCUGUCCCCUCUUAUGCUAAGCUAACGUAGCUGUCAAUUCACUCAGCAGCAUCACGACCAGGGACACUCCAGGCUCCGCAGGCUCCCCCUCCAGACACCUUAGCACCGCACAAUGGCUGUCCCUCCGGCAUACUCAGACCUGGGCAAGGCUGCCAAGGAUAUAUUCAGCAAGGGCUACGGCUUUGGAGUUGUGAAGCUGGACCUAAAGACCAAAUCACAAAGUGGAGUGAUGGAGUUCAACACAUCGGGCUCCAGUAACACAGACACAGGGAAAGCUGCAGGGAGCCUGGAGACCAAAUACAAGAUGAAGGAGCUGGGCCUGAGCUUCAACCAGAAGUGGAACACAGAUAACACGCUGGCCACCGAGGUCACUGUGGAGGACCAGCUGACUCAAGGACUGAAGGUCGCCUUGGACAAGUCUUUUGUACCAAACACAGGUAAGAAGAGUGGAAAGCUGAAGACAGGCUACAAGCGCGACUACGUGAACCUGGGCUGUGACGUCGACUUCGAGGGUCCCAUCAUCCAUGCUAACGCCGUGUUGGGCUACGAGGGCUGGCUGGCUGGCUACCAGAUGGCCUUCGACACGGCCAAGUCCAAACUGGCCCAGAACAACUUCGCCCUCGGAUACAGGGCCGGGGACUUCCAGAUGCACACCAAUGUUAACGACGGCACCGAGUUCGGCGGCUCCAUCUACCAGAAGGUGAACGACGAGCUGGAGACGGCGGUCACUCUGGCCUGGACCGCCGGCAGCAACAACACUCGCUUCGGCAUCGCCGCCAAAUACAAGCUGGAUAAAGACGCCUCUGUGUCUGCCAAAGUGAACAAUGCCAGUCUGAUCGGAGUCGGCUACACCCAGAGCCUUCGGCCAGGUGUGAAGGUGACCCUCUCAGCCCUGAUCGACGGGAAGAACUUCAACGCCGGUGGACACAAAGUCGGGAUGGGCUUCGAGCUGGAGGCAUAAAGAGGAGCACAAAGAAAACACAAAGCCACACACUCCUCUGCCCCCCUGCCGCCCUCCCCCACCCACACACAGUCCACCACCAUCAUGUAGCUUCUCUCUGGACUCUCCCUCACACUCCCCGCCCCCCGUUCACACAAUUCAUGAGCAUUUCUGACAGUAAUAGUCGAGCCUCGGCAUCAUGCUUAAACACCCCUGAGAGGAGUUGUGAGGUUGUCAAUCGUGAAAGUGACGGCGCAUAGUUGUGGAUUAUUAGCGUUUUUAUGGUCAUUGAAGUGACACUAUUUAUUUCCCUGUAGGUUUGGAUGACAUAGUCGUAAAUGUAAAUGUGUAGCUCCUGUAUUCAGUUGUUUCCUGCCUUCCUUAAAGCAUGUAAGAAUGAACACGUGGAUGCAGAGCUGAAAGCGUCUUCGCUUGGUUUAAAAAAAGAAAAAGGUGCCGAGUGUCUGUUUGCUCUUUUGUUUGUUUUUUUUUAUUGGUUUGAGCUCUUUUGGCCGUGUUGUUGGAAUCUGUGGACAAUUUAAUCCAUAUAAAUGUUUUGAUACAAUACGUCAUGAACAUGUGACUGGAUUAAGUUGAGAAGUAAAGACUGAAUGGAGGAUGUUUAAAACUGCUUUACAGGAACAAUGAAAGUCAACAGGAGACCAUUUCUGCCACAUUCAUGAAAGGAAAAAGAUUGUGUAAAUCAUUAUGCAGAAACUCUCUCGAAAUAAUCAAUCCCAGUUCACUCUUUGCCCCAAACACUUUGUUCUUAGCGCUCUGUUUCCUGCGUUCACGUCUAGUGGUAGGGUGUCUCAGGAUGGACACAUGGCCCUCCAAACGAAGGUAUUCUAGAGGCACACUUCACUUUCACGAAAUUGUCAGUAAGAUGGCUGCACAAGCAACAAAAGAAACCCACAAACAUAUUUUCUUCUUAAAUAAAGAUUUAAAAAUUA